AAAACCCUCAAUUUCGCACGUGCCAAUUCAAUCCCCAUACAUUCACCAUGGCACUGAAACAGUGAAACCCCAUCGCCACCCCACUUGUCUCUCUCCAUUUCCUUCCCUGAAACUAUUGCAGUCUCUAUACAGAGAGAAGCUCAAGAGCAGAAAGAAAACCAGAGAUACAUACAGGGUGUGACCUUGGAUCACAGGAGAACACACUAAUCAAUAUCCACAAAACGACGACGAUGUGGAGAAGAGCACUCUCUUCACAGUUCAAAACCCUAGCCUCCUGUCGAUCUGCUUCCGUCGCCACCUCUCGAUUCGCUUCCCCUAAUCAAUCAUUCAUUUCUCCAUCGCCUUCCGCUUCUCUCUUCCGUCGCUACUUCACUGUCGAGUCAGAUGGUGCUGUGAAAAAGAAGAUUGAAGAUAUAAUGCCUAUUGCUACUGGACAUGAGCUGGAGGAGCUUACGGCUGAGCUUCAGGGGAAGGAUGUUCUUGAAAUUAACCAUCCCGUUGGUCCUUUUGGCACAAAGGAUGCCCCAGCUGUUGUCAAGUCCUACUAUGACAAGAGAAUUGUUGGUUGCCCUGGAGGUGAAGGAGAGGAUGAGCAUGAUGUUGUCUGGUUUUGGCUGGAGAAAGGCAAGCCUCAUGAAUGUCCAGUGUGCUCACAGUACUUUGUGCUGGAAGUUGUGGGCCCUGGUGGACCUCCAGAUGGACAUGGGGAUGAUGAUCAUCAUCACUAAUCACAGAUUUUUAGUUUUUCUCUUGGAAUAAAAUUUGGGAAGAUGAUGAGACAAUUUCCAGUACACAAUGCAGCAUCGGAGUUCUAAAGCUUAAUGUUUUUUUUUUUUUCAUUGGUCCUUUUUAUCCUUGUGGCUGUUGCUUUUGCAACUGAUGGGAUGUUAUCUUUUUUGUGGCAAUGUAGACACAGAUUGGUCAUCUGUUGGAAUCACGGAUCUUGUUAGAUUUCCUUUAUUGCAUUGCCAAAUAAUCAAUGGCUAAACUUCUAUUCUUUCAUGAAACUUCUUGAAGUUAAGUGUGAAAACUGAAGAGGAAUCAUACAACUUUUACCUUGGUA